CCGCCUACUGUAAUCUACCAUGCACAGAUUUUCGUCGGUUAAUUCUUCUUACCAAGAAAUCUGUACGAUUCACGUUCAUCCCUUAAACAAGAACAGAAGAGAGAGAAAGAAGAUUGAUCGAAAGAAAAUUAUUACAGAGCAUUCAACAACCCCCCUUCCAGCCUCCAAAGUCGUUGCCGAUUGACCCAACCGAAAAAUCCCACCCAGAAAAAAUGCUUCAUCCCCACAAAUUCAGACACUCAAACUCUUCUUUAAAGCCUCCUGAGAUCACACAUAAUUUAAUGUUCCUCAAAGUAAUUUGGGGUUGUCGAGAAAAACCGAAAAAAAGGGCAUGUUUGCGAUGAACGGAUUGAGUAAUGGUGGUGGUGGUGGUACUGAUCGCGGUGAAUACGAUGAGGGUGUUGUGUUGGCUGCUUUGCAGAGGUCGUGUACUUACGACAGAGCCCGGGUUGCGCUUUUUCGCAGUGUUGAUGGGGAGCUGUCGUUGGUUGAUGUUCGUAAAAUUAAGAAUGCUGAGCAUAAGGAAGUGCUAGAUAAGUUGGUCGGUGAAAUUCAUGAAGAUAUUGAGGGGUUUUUCGGGAAAGUUAGGCAGAGAUUUGAUGCUGUCAGACUAGGAUUUCCAAAAGUCGAGAUACGGUUUCAGAAUCUUAAGGUCGAUGCAUUAGUCCACGUUGGAAGCAGAGCUUUGCCAACCAUACCCAAUUUUAUUUUUGACAUGACUGAGGCUUUGUUGAGGCAACUUAGGAUUGUCUCUGGAAGAAAACAGGAGUUUUCUAUACUGAAAAAUAUAAGUGGUAUCGUAAGGCCUUCAAGGUUGACUCUGCUUUUGGGUCCUCCAAGCUCUGGAAAGACAACGUUUCUUUUGGCUCUUGCAGGUCGUCUUGCACCCACUUUACAGAUGUCAGGGAAAAUUACGUAUAACGGACAUAAUCUAGACGAGUUUUCUCCUCAGAGGACUUCAUCAUAUGCGAGCCAGCAGGAUUGGCACAUUUCCGAGAUGACUGUGAGGGAGGUUCUUGAAUUUUCAGGACAAUGUCAAGGCGCUGGAUUCAAGCACGAAAUGCUUGUCGAACUUCUUAGAAGAGAGAAAAUUGCUGGAAUAAAUCCAGAUCAAGAUCUAGAUAUUUUUAUCAAGGCAGUAGCAUUGGGGCAACAGACAAGUGUUCUUGUGGAAUACAUCAUGAAGAUUUUAGGAUUGGAUAUUUGUGCUGAUACAUUGGUUGGAGAUGAAAUGCUUAAAGGGAUAUCCGGGGGCCAAAAAAAGCGGCUCACUACAGCUGAACUGCUUAUGGGUGCUUCUAGGGUACUUUUCUUGGACGAGAUAUCAACCGGACUAGACAGCUCAACUACCCACCAAAUAAUCAAAUAUCUUCAGCACACAACUCAUGCUCUUGAUUUCACAACAUUAGUAUCUUUAUUGCAACCGGAUCCCGAGACUUACGAGAUGUUUGAUGACAUCAUUCUGUUUAGCGAGGGACAAAUUGUUUAUCAGGGACCACGUGAAGAUGCACUCGAUUUUUUUGCAUUUAUGGGUUUCAAAUGUCCAUCUAGAAAAAAUGUUGCCGACUUUCUACAAGAGGUAAUAUCUGUGAAGGACCAAGAGCAGUAUUGGUUCCGCAAUAGUCAAUACAACUAUGUCUCUGUGGCGAAGUUCGUAGAUAGUUUUCAGUCCUUUCGUGUUGGUAAUUUAUUGUCUAUGCAGUUAGCCACUCCAUUCGAUAAAUCUCUCAAUCACCCAGCUGCUCUGUUCACCGAAACUUAUGGUGUAACAAGGGCUAAGCUUCUGAAGACAAGUUUAUCGUGGCAAAUGCUACUACUGAAGCGAAAUUCCCCUGUUUUUGUUUUCAAAUUCAUCCAGCUCUUCCUAAUUAUUUUGAUAAUGAUGAGUGUGUUUUUCCGGACAACUAUGCAUCAUAAUACUCUCGACGAUGGAGGAGUAUACCUUGGUGCACUUUACUUCGCCAUAGUUAUGAUUCUUUUUAAUGGAUUUAUGGAGGUUCCAAUGUUGAUAGCUAAGCUGCCUGUUCUUUACAAGCACAGAGACAUGCGGUUUUACCCUUGCUGGAUAUACACUCUUCCCUCCUGGAUUUUGAGCAUUCCCCUUUCACUUGUAGAAUCUUUUCUGUGGGUAGCAGUUACAUAUUAUGCAAUUGGCUUCGAUCCACAAAUAACUAGAUGCCUUCUCCAGUUCUUUUUAUACUUCACUUUGCACCAGAUGUCGAUAGGCCUUUUCCGAGUGAUGGCAUCAUUAGGGAGAAAUAUGGUUGUUGCCAAUACGUUUGGAUCUUUUGCUUUGUUGGUUGUUAUGGUCCUUGGUGGAUUUAUACUUUCGAGAGAUAGCAUCCCUGUUUGGUGGAUAUGGGGUUACUGGUUCUCCCCUAUGAUGUAUGCUCAAAGUGCAGCUUCGGUGAAUGAAUUUCUUGGCCCCUCGUGGGAUAAGAAAGCUGGAAACGAUACUACUUUGUCUUUGGGGGAAAAGUUGCUGACGGUCCGCAGUUUGUUUCCAGACGACCAUUGGUAUUGGAUAGGCGUUGGAGCACUACUUGGAUAUACAAUAUUAUUCAACACACUCUUUACUGUGUUUCUGACUCUUCUAAAUCCCCUAGGGAAUCAACAAGCUAUUAUUCCCACAGAGGACCAUCACGACAAAAACAGUGGACGAGAGAGUGAAUCUUCCAUCAUUUCUUUCGGAGAGUUCUUGCAACAUACACACUCUUUCACUGGCAAGAGUUUCCGAAAACACAAAGGAAUGGUUCUUCCGUUUGAACCACUUUCCAUGUCUUUUAGCAACAUCAGCUACUACGUUGAUGUUCCUCUGGAACUCAAGGGGCAGGGUUUACAAGAAGACAAGUUGCAGCUACUCGUAAAUGUAACCGGAGCAUUCCAGCCUGGCGUGCUUACUGCAUUAAUUGGUGUGAGUGGUGCUGGAAAAACUACAUUGAUGGAUGUUUUAUCAGGCAGAAAAACGGGAGGGUAUAUCGAAGGUAGCAUCUACAUUUCGGGAUAUCCCAAAAAUCAAGAAACAUUCGCAAGGAUUUCUGGCUACUGUGAACAGAGUGAUGUUCAUUCCCCAUGUCUCACUGUGGAUGAAUCACUCGUAUUUUCUGCUUGGCUCCGAUUAUCUUCUCAGUGUGGCUUCCCUAUUCAGCGAGCUUUUGUGGAUGAGGUUAUGGAACUAGUUGAGUUAACUCAGUUACGCAGAGCACUAGUUGGUGUACCGGGAGUAAAUGGCUUGUCGGUGGAGCAAAGGAAAAGGCUGACAAUUGCGGUCGAGCUUGUUGCCAAUCCUUCAAUAGUUUUCAUGGAUGAACCCACUUCAGGGCUCGAUGCCAGGUCAGCAGCCAUUGUGAUGAGAGCCGUGAGGAACAUUGUGGACACCGGUCGAACAAUAGUUUGCACUAUUCACCAGCCCAGCAUUGAUAUCUUUGAAUCUUUUGAUGAGCUUUUACUAAUGAAACGAGGCGGACAGCUGAUCUACGCGGGCCCACUGGGCAACAAAUCUAACAAGCUUAUUCAGUAUUUUGAGGCUAUUCCAGGAGUUCAAAAAAUAAAACCUGGAUAUAAUCCUGCAGCUUGGAUUCUUGAAGUUACGUCUCCAGGUGAAGAAAAUCGCCUAGGUUUGGACUUUGCAGAAAUUUAUCGCGGAUCACUUCUGUUUCAGCAAAAUAAGACUCUGGUUGAGAGUUUAUGCAAACCAGAUAAGGAUGCAAACAAAUUGACUUUUCCGAGCAAAUAUUCCCUCUCGUUUUUCGGUCAGUUCCUAGCAUGCUUUUGGAAGCAGAACUUGUCCUACUGGCGUAAUCCACAAUAUACCGCCGUACGCUUCUUCUACACUGUUAUCAUUUCGUUGAUGUUUGGUUCAAUAUGCUGGAAAUUUGGUUCCAAAAGGGAAUCGCAACAGGAUAUAUUCAAUGCCAUGGGAUCCAUGUACGCAGCUGUUUUAUUCAUCGGAAUCACAAACGCAUCUUCUGUGCAGCCAGUCGUCUACUUCGAAAGGUUCGUUUCGUACAGGGAAAGAGCUGCAGGAAUGUAUUCAUCACUACCAUUUGCAUUAGCCCAGGUCGCAGUCGAGUUACCGUACGUCUGCGCGCAGUCGAUUAUCUACAGCGCUAUCUUCUACCUAAUGGCGUCUUUCGAAUGGAACGUAUACAAGUUCCUUUCGUAUGUAUACUUCAUGUACUUCACAUUGCUGUACUUCACCUUCUUUGGAAUGAUGACAACUUCCCUUACUCCCAAUCACAAUGUAGCCGCUAUUCUUGCCGCACCGUUCUAUAUGAUGUGGAACCUUUUCAGCGGCUUCAUGAUUUCUCACAUGAGAAUUCCUGUAUGGUGGAGAUGGUAUUACUGGGCAAAUCCAAUAGCAUGGAGUUUAUAUGGGCUUUUAACAGCACAGUAUGGAGAUAUGAAUGAACUCGUUAAGCUGAGUGAUGGAGUCAACUCAGUGCCAAUUAAGCAGCUUCUGAAAAGCCAGUUUGGUUUCCGACACGAUUUCUUGAGCAUUGCUGGUCUUAUGGUUGUCGGAUUCUGCGUCGUUUUCGCCGGAACUUUUGCUUUUGCUAUCAGAUUCUUCAACUUUCAGAGGAGAUGAUUUUUUUUUUAAUUUUUUUUAUUUAUUAUAAUUUUCAGAGGAGAUGAUUUUAUUUAUU